GUCCCAGAGCCCUCCUCUUCCAUCUUGCUGCCCUCCAGACCGGAUCCAGCAUGGACCCACCGGGUCCUCCCAAGCCCGCCCCCACCCCGAAAACCAAGCGGGCGUGUGAUGUCUGCCGCAUCAAGCGGGUCAAGUGCAUCGGCGAAUACCCAUGCGAGGCCUGUCGGGCAAGCGGAAUCCUCUGCACCUACUACACUCCCCCGAGGAAACGCGGACCGCAGAAGACUCGCCAUCACCCAGCUGCAGGAGACUCGUCCAACUCGUGGAUCAGCGCGACGGCCUCCAAUUUGCCGGAUAUCAAAGCCCUUCGAUCCGAGUCUUUGAUGCAGCCUUGGCAGAUUGGCUCGCACAGGACGCCGUGGCUGCUCCCGAUCGAUCGACGCCGUUUGGCCAUGGGGCAAAACACCCUCGGCAUUUACUGGGUCAAGAGCACGACCAGCAACUCGGCAGUGCUCAUGGGGGCAACUGCCAUGGGCGGAGCCACCUCGUCGACAGCGUUCCUCGGUCUGCACGAGGAGCCAUCGACAUUGACUCUGACAUCGCAUGCCGUCCGACGGGCAAGCCCGAGGCACCGACAUCCGAGGUCCUUCCAUUCCCACUAAAUUCCACCGGGCAGAUCACUGGGAUGUUCUUUGAGCACCUCGGACUGACAAUGGACUUUGUCGACCCGGCUGCGUUCCGCGCCGAGCUGGCCAGGGAACGCUACUCCGAGCCCUUCCUGUUCCUCGUCUGGUCCAUGUGUCUGGCGGUCGCUCACGACGACCGUCUCAGCGCAUCCCUCGGCCUCUCGGACCCCGCCCACACCCGGAAAGCCUUGGCCGACCAGUGCCGCAUCUACACCCAGCGACUCCACGACCACCCGUGUCUGCAAGUCUUGCAAGCCGUGGUCAUCAUCUGUGGAACGAGUCUGUCGACUGGAUCCGGCGCCAGCACCGGCCACACCUACUACACAGGGCUCGCCUGGAACAUGGCCCAGGAUCUCGGGCUGCAUCUCAGUCUCGACAGCCACGGCAGUUGGACUGCUCCGGGUCCGCACCACACAGGAUCGGCCCUGAGUCACCCAUCCGAGACCCCACUGCCACAAGCACCCACGGCAUCCGCCUCUUCGCAGUCUGCACGCCCCAACCCAGAAUGCCAGUCACUAUCCAUUCCCAUGGCACGAUCUGGAACGACAAGCCGUGUGUCCUCGGAGCUGCGAUAUCGCCGGAUGACGCUUCUCGCCCUGAUUCUGUUUGAUCGUCUCGGAGCUCUGAUGGCUGGGCGAUGCCCGGCCAUUCCCGACGAUGGCUGGGACUCGUCGUUCCUGCUCGAUGGAUUCGACUCGCUCUACGAGGACAUGUGCAUAUACGUCCACCUCGCCCACAUCAGUGGCAGGCUCUCGUCCUUGAUGGUGUCCCCGGUGCUGACGAGCCACCAGCGGCAGAUGGGUGCCGCCGAGGUCAUUGUCGGUCUGCGCCAGUGGUGGAGCAGUCUCUCGCCCGAGCACCAGCAAUCGCCCAAAGGUGCCCUCGGCCUCCAUCACCACCUGCACUCGUAUUUUCACUCCCUCAACAUCAUUGCCCAGCGCCUCGCCUCGACGGCCCUCGCGGGUCGCUCCCACGGCCAGCCAUUGCACAGGACCAACAGCGACACAACACCGCUCAACUCACACCCAAAGCAGACCAACGCCGAUCCAGGGCUCCUGGUUCAUCCACAUCCACAUCCACAUCCACGACAUCAUAGCGGCCGUGGAGAAGCAGCAAAGGGUGGCAUGCUCGAGAGCAGAAGCAGCCCUUUGCCCCAGACGGUGUCGGGAUCGAGCCCGGUCGCUGGCGAGCCCGACACAUGCAAAGCACCGGCAUCACUCCACAACAGACCCACUGCGACCGCCAUCAUCCAUUCGUCGGUAGCAGAUCGUCGCUCUCUUGAACUCGAUGCUGGCGAUCUCUUGGAGAACCGUCUUGCGACCCCAACAAGCGCCUCGUCGGAAGAGCGUGUCGAGUCCGUGGAAACGCAUGCGAACUCGGCAAGCCGAUCCUCGGUCGAUGCCAUCGGCGACCAGACCACGGGAAGCAGCACUCUCUCGUCGAAUGAGACGCAUCCAAGCACUCGGGCAAGUGUCUCCGUCAACCACACAAGCGCCCUCGAGAGCGCAAAGUACAUUCUCUCCUGCGUCGGCAUCGGAUCGGCAUCCGCGUCGUCCGGGUUGGGUCUGUUUGACUCUGAUCGCACACUCCAGGAGAACAUGCCUUCCGGCCCAUCCUCCCUGCUCCUCCCGGGCAUGUCCUACUUUGUCAUGACCGCCGCUACGGUGUACUUGGACACACUGGGCCACUCGUCCGACAGGAAUCUGGCCCUCUCGGUUCUGGACUGCAUCCUCGAUUAUCUCGAUCAGGCACACCACCGUGGCGAGACAUCGGUCUCCAUGCCCGCCGACAAAUGGCGGAGAUGCAGGUGCAAGUGUCAGUCCUGGCACAAGAACGCCGCUAUGGCCUGGCGGGCUCGCAAUGACGUCGGCCGACGAGCCUGGCAUCGGCGCUGCCUCUUCCGCUCAUGCUCGCCCCACUCUGUCGCCAACAGCAUCACGACCACGGCCCGCUGCACAUAUCCUGGACAUUGCUGCUUCUGUUGCCGCUGAAUUGCCUCCAUCUGGAUGCCACGAUGCCGCCGGUCUGCAAAUGCCGCUUGCAGGAUCGGCCGUCGGCGUGUCUGAUGCACAUCCUCGCGGCCAUCUGGAUGAGUUCGUCUGGCUUCUCCCUGGUCAUUCCACUCUACCCACGAUCGGUGCUGUUCUUUCGGCACCAGACAGCAACCAGCAUGUGUCGCCGCUGGGAGAGACAUUGGUGCUUGGUCGGUCGUCGAGGCUCCCUGCUCAUGGAGUCUCAUCACCAGGGACGACACCACUAUUCUCGACGACAAUGGCUGCUCGCCACGGAGACAUCUCGAUGAAC